AGCUUUCUCACGUUACAACGUUGGAUACGCACAUAAAAUCACAACAUCAGAUGCUGAACUUGAAUUGAAGUGAGGAACAUCAGCCUAGACGUUAAUUAGUUUAAGUGGGGGGUAGGCCGUUUUCUGGCUUCAUCAUAACAUUCCAGGAAUUCAAGAGGGAGUUCGGGAUAUGAAAGAAAACCGAGUGAUUUUUUGAGGAAGAAAAAGCCUGCUGACACAGCGGAGUGCUGUAUGUAGUUCCCAUCUGAACAACAAAAGACGACCGCACCUUCUCUCACUGUUGUUUUCUCGCGUGUCGUGUCCUCAGUGAUUUGCUGUGUUCAUGUUUUCUUAUUUAUAUGAGGAAGGCUGGAUGAGGUAAUUAGUAAGAGCUGAGCAUAAACGAUGGCAACACCACUACCAAGGCUGACUCCAAAGGAAACAUUUAUUAGUGAAUUCCACCCACCACAGAAACAGAGGUUCUUUAGACGUUCACAAACAUUUGUAGAAAAACAAAAUCCUCUAUCAAAGUCAUGGGGUGGCAUGAGCUCUCUGCUUGCUCAUCAAGAUGUGGACCUGUCACCACAAGCAGGUACUCUUCCACGAAUCAACCCUCUUCGUCCACCACUCACUAGACGGACUGUUACCUUGGAAACAACAGAUGCCCACUACUUGAAUGAAAGUCGAACUAACAAUAUGAAACGUUCUCAGUAUUACCGUUUCCAUAGCGCCUGGGGAAAGCCUUUUUAUGGUAACAAGUCUGAACAAGAGAUUUACAGGAAAGGUAUUCGAGAGGUUUUGAAAGAUCAGAUGUCAGGGAAGGAUCAAGAAAUGAAACAACAAUUGACAGAUAAAGUAAAAGAGAGUGAAGAUGCCGUCAACUAUGACAAGAAAUGUAUUAAUGAAGAUAAAGAAGCCUAUCAGAAAAAGAUAACAUUUCUCAUGCAAUUUAGAGAUGAGAACAAAAGGUUGAUUGAAUCCAGGGAAGAGCAAAGGCGAUUAGAAGCGAGGUACAGAAAUCGCAGCGAGCAGGAGUUACUCCGCUACAACCCAAUAAACUGGACCCAAACCCUCAGGUGAAUUAAUAGUCAAGAAUAGCUACAGCAGAUGUUUCUAAACAGAAGAGCUUAGCAGAAAUAGUUGAGUUGAAUGUGGGUCAUUUUACAUGUUGGCUGUUAUUGGUGGAUGCUAGUUUAAUAUGUAUCGUAUUUAUUAAAGGUGCAAUUAAUAUUUUUUCAGUAUGACUGACAAACAAGGUUGAAUAAAAGAUAGUUAGCUUCCAUUGAGAUUUCCAAAGGAAUAUUUUUAUGAAAAAAAUUAUUUUUUAUGAGCUAUAAGGCGAUUUUAAAGAGUGUUCCAUUUAUGUAAUACACGUAGUUGAUAUGAUUUGUUGGUUAUGCUACUGCUGUAUUGUGUUUAGGCUAACCGCUUGUAGAUGACAUCCUGUUAGCUUUAUUGAGCAGUAUGGCCAUGUUGCUAUGGACACGGGUUUCUAAAAAUAUAUACAGCACUACAGAGUGCUGCAGUCAUAGAUUGUACAUAUUUGGGCCUAUCUACAUGCAAAUUGCUAUAGUCAUGAAUAUUCAUAGAAGAUACUAACACAACGUUCAAAUAAGGUUUGCUGUAAAUAAUAAUAUCUAAUAAUGUGGGAUUUAGCUAAGUCUUCUCUUUUUGAUAUGUAUUAAUGAUUACUGUAUAAUGAUAACUAUGAUAUUCGUUAUACAUGAUAUAAACAAGAGUUUUUAUUUUUCUGCUACAUAUAUUUAUAGAUAUCACCUACAAUAAUGAUUAUGUACUAUAAAUUGAGGGUAAUUGCGAACUUUGAAAGAAAAUUGUCACUUAAUUUCAGUCGUUGGUAUGAGGGCAUAUCAUAUCUGUCUUAUUUCAAGUGUACAUGACAAAAAUCAUUAUACAUUUAUAAUUUUUGGCAUUUCUAGCAAAUUUCCAUUCGCAGUAACAAUAGUGAUGUUAGUUAAGAGCUUUGUGCUUCAUGUAAGUACUUUGCUGUUUUGCAGAAUGACAUACGUUCUUGAGUAAGUUUACAUUAAGAGUGAAUGUUUUCACCCCGCAGUUGCUAUCAGUGGCGGCGCCAGCAGGGCAGGGGGCUUAAGCCCCCCCAUCGGUCUCGUCAAGCCCCCCCACCCAUCGGCUAAAACUCGAUGGGCAGUCGGACCAAAAAAAAAAAAGAAAAAUUGGCCUAGUUUUCCGGCUAUCUAGAAGUCCCAAUUUUGGAGAAAGUCUCGUUUUGGGAGGAGGGGACACCCCUCCCAUACCCACCACUGGCUCUGGCCUUCGGCCCUCAGAUGACGCUGCACGCUAUAGUUACACCCAUAAAUACUUAGCCCCCUCCCCCCACCAUAAAUUAUAUCCUAGAGCCGCCACUGGUUGCUAUGCAGACCAAGUAAGCUUUUUCACCAUGCAUUUGUAGGGGGAAGGACCCUGCAGUGCUGAGGCCUUAUUUACCCCGGUCCAUUAGGCUAUCACUAGCUAAUACAAGAUUCUAUCAUAUCUGUAUUCAUUCUUAACAACAGUAGAAUGUAAUAACGUCACUGCUAAUGUCAACAUAACCUACCUCUAGACAUCAUCACUGCAUUCACUGUGCAAAGUAUUAUAUGUAGUUUAAAUAAGCUGGCUGUAUUUCGUACAACAAAUUUAAGUCCUUAAAUUUUAAUACUGCAACAAGAUCAGUGAGGAUAUUGAGCUCUGCUGAAGAUUCAAAACAUUGAGAAAAACUGAAUUCCUUCCAUAUUAGUAAUUAAGAGUAAUAUAGUAUUGUUUAUUUAAGUUCACUGUACAAAGUUGUUCAAAUAAAACCUCUAUUAGAAUUUAUUUGCUAAAUCUUAGUUCAGAGUAUGGUUACUAAUAUAGGUGCUUUUAAACUGUUGCCACAAGUUACAAAUCACCUCUUGACUCGAAUUGUAAAUACAGGACUACGUUCCUACCAGGCUGGUGCUGUGGGAGUGUCCAGAGGAUUUAAAAACAAAUUGUAUUUAUUUUUAUCGAUUGUUUGGAAUUUUUGUAUUAAUAUUAUUUGGGCAUUCUUUUAUUCCAUAGUAAUUCAGUGGUACUAAUCUCUUCAGUACUUCCACCAUUUGAUGGUUUGGUUAAAUCAUAGUUGUAGUGUAGGUUCAUAGUCCAAAUUAUGUUUAUCUUAAAAAAAUUGAUUAAAAUCAUGUCAAAUACCUACUUCAUUAGGUAGAUAAUUUCGAAUACCGGUAUCACUUCACUCUUCCAUUGACUACCCACUUAUGCUAUGAUAAAAUGUGACCUUUUCUUAUAUAUACAUUGAUAUUAAGUGAACUUUUACAUGUCUGAAAGUGAAAAAGUUUUUGUUUAUUUUCUUGAAGAGAUGGUAUUAAGCUAGCUUGUCAGUUGUAGGCCUAUUUUGUUGAUGGAGUAUUCUACUUUUUGAUGUUCUGGAGAUCAUGUCUAAAAGGAUAAAUCACGUUGGAAGUUUCUCCAAUUUAAAAAUAA